AUGGUCGUGGUACGGCGAGGGCGAGAGCGAAGAUGGCCACCAUUGGCUCGCUCUGGACGGCCCGAGACCAGCUGUAGCCAUACUAGUUUUAAUUAUAAAUUUUAUCGUUACCAAUACCUUCGACCUGUAGCUAUUCUGUACAUAGCGUUAGCGAUAAUUCUAGCACACGUGCAUGCAUUCGAGCCGGAUUUUGUGUAUCCACUGGAGAACGUCACAGUCGCGAAAGGCCGUGACGCCACGUUCACCUGCGUCGUGAACAAUCUCGGUGGUUAUCGGGUGAGUGGGGAGGCAACUCCGGCCCGGGUGGCAUGGAUUAAAGCGGACGCGAAGGCGAUCCUGGCGAUACACGAGCACGUCAUCACGAACAACGGGCGGUUGUCGGUGACGCAUAACGACUACAACACCUGGACGCUGGUGAUCCGAAACGUCAAGAUGGAGGACCGAGGCGUCUACAUGUGCCAGGUCAACACGGACCCGAUGAAGAUGCAGACGGCCUUCCUCGAGGUGGUGAUACCACCGGACAUCAUUUACGAGGAGACAUCCGGGGACAUGAUGGUCCCCGAGGGUGGUUCGGCGAAGUUGAUCUGUAAGGCACGUGGAUACCCAAAGCCAAAGAUCGUGUGGCGACGUGAGGAUGGACGUGAGAUCAUCGCCCGCAAUGGCACCCACGGCAAGAUGAAAGCCACGAUAGUCGAGGGUGACAUGCUGUCACUGACGAAGGUGACACGGUCCGAGAUGGGCGCGUACAUGUGCAUCGCCUCAAACGGCGUGCCACCGUCAGUGAGCAAACGGCUCAAGCUGCAAGUGCACUUUCAUCCGUUGAUACAGGUGCCAAACCAGCUCGUUGGAGCCCCGCUCGGUACGGACGUGACUCUCAUCUGCAAUGUAGAGGCCUCGCCGAAAGCCAUCAACUACUGGCAGCGUGAAAACGGCGAAAUGAUCAUCUCCAACGAACGGUAUCUGAUGAACGAAAACGAGAGCUCCAUGUACGCGGUCCAGAUGACGCUGGUCAUUCGGAAGCUGCAUAAGGCGGACAUGGGAGGCUAUAAGUGCAUCUCGAAGAACAGCAUCGGCGAUGCAGAAGGCACGAUACGGCUGUACGAGAUGGAGCUGCAGAAGAAAACCAAAUCCGCCCACCGAGUCAACAGCGUGGAGGACACCUCGGGCACUGAUGAGAUCAACUCCACGCCGAACAUCGAACCUCCGGAAGAGAGCAGCAAAAUUCACAAAAAUGGCCGACUGUACAAGGGCUUGCAGGCGGGCGAACACGACCUAAUUAGUUCCAGUACCAACGGUACAGCUGGAACCCUCCGGAACAGGCCGUGGCUGAGGUUACCACUGGCCCUCACCAUUCUCGUGGUCGUGUUCGUGCGGUUCCGAUGCCACGGGAUGUUGUCAAUCGGACGUUCCUAG